CGCUCACAAACUCCGACACGCACAUCCAUUCCAUGCCAAGCGUUUACAGAGAUGCAAUCCCACGGCGUCCUCCUCCCCCUCCGCGGCCCCUCGUCGUCCCUCUCCCUCUCGCGCCACCUCCGUCGCCAGCUCACCCUCACUUCUUUUCACUCGUCCAAAGCCUCGACCAGACCCCGCAGCCUCCUCCUCCCCGUCGCCUCCGCCGCCUUCACCGUGUCCGACGGCGAACUCGAGACCCGCGGCUUCCGCGUCCGGCGGAGCUCGGACGGCCUCGACGUGGCCGCCCUCAACGACGUGUUCGCCCGGGUGGGGUUCCCCCGGCGGGACCCUGACCGGCUCCGCCGCGCUCUCGGCCACGCCGGCGGCGCGGUGGUGUGGGUGGAGGAGUCCAAGAGGGGCGGUGGGCCAGGGAAGCCGGUGGCGUUCGCGCGGGCGACAGGGGACGGGGUGUUCAACGCGGUGGUGUGGGAUGUCGUGGUGGAGCCAUCGCUGCAGGGGAUGGGGCUUGGCCGGGCGGUGAUGGAGCGUCUCGUGGCCGACCUCCGACGCAGUGGCGUUUCCAACAUCGCCCUCUACGCCGAGCCCCGCGUGGUGGGCUUCUACCGCCCCCUCGGCUUCGCCGCCGACCCCGACGGCAUCAAGGGGAUGGUCUACUCCCGCAGGAACCAGAAGAAGAGAUAGAUAGAUUGCGAUGACAGUAAUAGUAACAACAAUAAUCAUAAUAUCAUGUGGAAGAUUGAUUGCACUUUUCAUUCCUCACUGCUAUUUGAUAUUGUCAAUGAAUUGAUAGAUUCAAUUGCUGGUGUA